AUGGGUAUUCUUCAGAAGCUCUUCCAUGCUGAGGAAAACAUUCAGGGCUCCAAGUUCAGAGCCAUUGCCGUUGGCCUUUUCGUGGCCUUUGGCGGUAUCCUUUUUGGCUACGACACCGGAACGAUUUCUGGAGUUUUGGCAAUGGAUUAUGUCAAAGAGCACUUUACUUCCGCGGGCCACUUCACCGCUAACGAAACUUCGCUAAUCACAGCGAUUCUCUCUGCUGGUACAUUCUGUGGUGCCAUUUUGGCUCCACUAGCGUCCGAUACUUUGGGUCGCAGACUUGGACUUAUUAUUUCAUGCAUCAUUUUCACCGUGGGUGUGGUCUUGCAAAUAGCAGCCACGAAACAAGACCUACUAAUAGCAGGCAGAGUCAUUGCCGGUGCCGGUGUGGGUAUUCUUUCUGCCAUCGUCCCACUAUACCAAGCAGAAGCGUCUCCCAAGUGGAUUAGAGGUGCGGUGACAUCGUGCUACCAAUGGGCAAUCACCAUCGGUUUGCUAUUGGCUGCAUGUGUCAACCAGGGCACCCAUUCCAGAAACGACUCUGGGUCUUACAGAAUCCCAAUUGCCAUCCAGCUUCUAUGGGCGUUGAUCUUAUUCGCUGGUAUGUUGGUCUUGCCCGAAUCUCCAAGAUUCUACGUCAUGAAGAAUAAAGUUCCGGAGGCAAGCAGAGCUUUGUCGAGAUUGAGAGGUCUGCCAGAAGAACACGAAUUCAUUGCUUCGGAACUAGAAGAAAUCGUUGCCAACUACAACUACGAGUGCUCAUUCGGUGCUUCCUCGGUAUUUGACUGCUUCAAGCCAGCCAAUCACCAAUUGAAGCGUAUUCUUACCGGUAUCGCUAUCCAGGGUCUACAACAGCUUACCGGUAUCAACUUCAUUUUCUACUACGGGACACAAUUUUUCCAAAAUUCGGGCAUCAAGGAUCCAUUCAUCGUUCAGCUGAUUAUGAAUGUGGUCAACGUCGUCAUGACCAUCCCAGGUAUUGCAUUAGUGGAGAUUGCCGGUAGAAGAAACCUGCUUCUAUGGGGUGCUGUCGGUAUGUGUGUCAGCGAGCUUAUCGUUGCUGCUGUGGGAACAGCCCUUCCAGACAGUUUCUCUGCCAACAAGACUUUAAUCGCCUUCUCCUGCACUUUCAUUGCCUCAUUUGCGGCUACUUGGGGUCCACUGGCCUGGGUCGUUGUGGGUGAAAUUUUCCCUCUCAGAGUCAGAGCCAAGUCGGUGGCCGUGUGUGCAGCUUCCAACUGGCUCUUCAACUUUGCCAUUGCCUAUGCUACCCCAUACCUUGUUGACAGCGAGCACGCCAACUUGCAGUCGAAGGUGUUUUUCAUCUGGGGCGGUUGCACUUUCUUGUGCUUCAUCUUCGUGUACUUCUUUGUCUACGAGACUAAGGGCCUCACCUUGGAACAGAUUGACGAGUUGUUCGAGACUUGCUCAAGCGCCCGCCAUUCCAAGGCCUUUGUACCAUCUGAGGGCUUUGCUGCUCACGAAGCUACCCAAACUGACAGUGACAAGGCCUUCGUGGUAGCUAUCGAGAAGGUGUAG